AUGGACUCCGAGGAAGCCCAGUCUGUCGCCAUGCCCUCGCCGUGGUUGGGCUCCUUCUCGAGGGGCUCCACCUCAGUCUCAGUAUCCUCCUCCGCCGUGGGGUUCGCCCACACGGGCCAGCUCUCGCCCAUCAGCAACGGCGUGGACCGACCCCGUGGACCCGUCCACAGCUCCGCCGGCAGCCUCGCAUCCCCGUCUCAGUCGCCCCCGGUGACGGCCGAGCCUCUCUCGGCAUCGUCGUCCGUCCGCCCCGACGCUCCCUGGCCGCUGGCCUACACUACACAAGAACACAUCUCCGAGUUCCCCCGCGCCCUCGACAGCAAUGGCGCCCUCCACCGCGAGCCCUCCUGGGAAGAGGGCUCGGACGGGAUCUUGACGGUCCCCAAGUUAGAACCUCUGGAUGACGAAGACUUUUGCAUGGACGACUUCCAGGAGGCCCCCUCCCCCCCUACUCCCACUCUCCCCUGCCACUCGCAAGGAGGCCUAGAUCAGCCGAAGCCCAAGAGACCUAGAGGGCGGCCACGGAAACAUCCCCUCAUACCAAGCAUUACCGCAAACAAGAUCACCAAAGGCCGGUCCAAGACAGGAUGUCUGACGUGCCGGAAGCGAAAGAAGAAGUGCGAUGAAGCGAAACCGCGAUGUAUGAAUUGCGAGAAGAAUGCAGUCGUUUGCGAAGGCUAUCCGGAGAAGCAAAUCUGGAAGAGCGGCAAGGAGAGGGCUGAGGAGGAACGCAGCAAAUAUCGCAGCUUCCCCUCCAUCACCAUGCGCCCCCUUUUCCACGGCCUAGAGACCGUCGAAGACAGGAUAUUCUGGAAGCAUUAUAACGAACACCUCAGCGCCGUGCUCACAGUUGAAGGAGAGCACAAGAACGCCUUCAAAGACAUGAUGAUCCCCAUCGCGGUGAAGCACCAGGGCCUCAUGCACUCCAUCCUGUCUUUGGCCAGCAAGCACAUCGACUUCAGCACUCCGUAUGGGCUCAAUGUCUUGAGGAACAACCCCAGCACAAACACGGUGGCAUUGAAAGAACGCUCCCUUUUUCACCACGACCAAGCCCGGCUCAAGUUCUACCAUGACAUCAAGUUCACGAACUCCACACCGGAAACGGACGACAAGACCGUGGCCGCAGCCCGGUACGGCCAAAUGCUCUGCUUCCUACUCGAAGCGCUAGUCGAGGGUAGUCCACGCGGUGAGCACAGGAUCCAUCUUGCCGUGUAUCGCAACCUGGUUUCAACCUCGCCACCGGACGACUCUGCCUUCAUGUCCUUCAUCGCCGAGAUCUUCCAGUAUCAUAUCUUCGCCGACGAACUUAUCCACUCCGCUCACCAGGAUACCUCUUCAGCCGAGCCUCUCCCACCAAUUCCAGCCAUGCACCAACCUAGGUUACUCGGCGUGGCCGACGGCCUUUUGGGCUACCUAUCACAGAUUACAGCUAUUCGGAAUAGGAUUAGGAGCAGGCUAAUGGCACAAACGGACCUUGCCGUAGAUUACGAAGAUCUUUAUUCCGCCGCCGACAUCUACGGUGCCUUCCAGGAAUGGACCCCUCAUUGGCCACCCGGAGACAACCGCGACCAAGUCAGCCUCUUAUACAAGCAGAUGCUGUGGAUUUAUCUCAAUCGGACCGUCCACCUACCGUCGUCGCCAGCGUCGUCGUCAUUAGCAUCCUCUGCGGCGUCCCUCUCGUUCAUCCACAGCUCACCCUCCCAAGGCCGGCCCCCGCCCUCGGUGGUAAACACUCCUCCCCAGUCUGCGUCGACAAGCUGUGCCUCCUCCCCGAAAUUUUCUGCCUACGGUACCAGCCAUAGGACUAGCCGACCGGACUCGCGCUUGACCACGUCAUCCCGCCCCCAAUACGGCAACCGUGAUACCGGAGAAACCGCGGCAGCGGGCGGCAACCGAGCCGAAUCCCCUCCGCCUGCCCGGCGACCACCCAACCUCGACCCGGCCCUCUCCCUCGCCGUCGAGGAGUCGCUGGCCCUCUUAGAAUCGUUCAAAUCCAGCGAUUCCUGCCAGACCUUGCUCCUUCUGCCGUGCUUCCUAGUGGGGACUGCCUGCUUCAGUCCCACUCAACAAAAGCGCGUGCGCGCCGCCAUCAAAACCGUGCGCGGCUACACGGGGCUUCGAAAUGCGGACCGCGUCGUCGAGCUCCUCGAGGAGAUCUGGCGGCUUAUGGAAGCGGGCGACUGGGUCGCUGCCUGGGACUGGCCUGGCGUUGCGGACAGGCUCGAGUUAGACUUCAUCCCCGCUUAA